AUGAAGGUAGCAGACAAAGCUGGAAAGCUGGCUCGAGCACCAGCCGACCUUCAGAAAGCCCGGGUCCAGCGAGAUGCAAGUCCCAGUGCCCCAGUGGCCGCCCCACUGUUGAAAGAGAUUCCGGAGGUCUUAGUGGACCCGCGCAGCCGGCGCCAGUAUGUACGGGGCCGCUUUCUGGGUAAAGGAGGCUUUGCCAAGUGCUUCGAGAUCUCAGACGCAGACACAAAGGAGGUGUUCGCAGGCAAGAUCGUGCCUAAGUCUUUGCUGCUUAAGCCCCACCAGAAGGAGAAGAUGUCUAUGGAGAUCUCCAUUCACCGCAGCCUCGCACACCAACAUGUCGUAGGCUUCCAUGGGUUUUUCGAGGACAGCGACUUUGUGUUUGUGGUUUUGGAGCUCUGUCGAGAGAGGUCCCUCCUGGAACUGCACAAGAGGAGGAAAGCGCUGACCCAGCUGGAGGUGUGCUACUACCUGCGGCAGAUAGUCCUGGGCUGCCAGUACCUGCACCUAAAUCAGGUCAUUCACAGGGACCUCAAGCUGGGCAACCUCUUCCUGAACGAGGAUCUGGAGGUGAAAAUAGGGGAUUUUGGGCUGGCAACCAAAGUGGAAUAUGAAGAGGAAAAAAUGAAGACCUUUUGUAGCCCCCAGAACUUCAUAGCUCCCGAAGCGGUGAGACUGGGAAGUUUUGAGGUGGAUGUGUGGUCCAUCGGGUGCAUCAUGUAUACCUUGCUAGUGGGCAAGCCGCCUUUUGAGACCUCAUGCCUAAAAGAGACCUACCUCCGGAUGAAACGAAAUAAAUACAAUAUUCCCAAGCACAUCAAUCCUGUGGCUGCCUCCCUCAUCCAGAAGAUGCUCCAGACAGACCCCACUGCCCGCCCCACCAUUCACGAGUUGCUUGAUGACGAGUUCUUCACUUCUGGCUAUAUCCCUGCCCGUCUCCCCAUCACCUGCCUCACCAUCCCACCAAGGUUUUCAAUAGCUCCCAGCAGCCUGGACCCCAACAGCAGGAAGCCUCUCACAGUUCUCAAUAAAGGUGUGGAGAACCCCUUGCCGGACCGUCCCCGGGAAAAGGAGGAACCAGUGGUUCGGGAGACGAAUGAGGCCAUCGAGUGCCAUCUGAGUGACCUGCUGCAGCAACUGACCAGCGUCAAUGCCUCCAAGCCCUCAGAGCGAGGGCUGGUGCGGCAAGAGGAGGCUGAGGAUCCUGCAUGCAUCCCCAUCUUCUGGGUCAGCCAGUGGGUAGACCAAUCAAGGAAGUAUGGACUUGGGUAUCAGCUCUGUGACAACAGUGUUGGGGUGCUCUUUAAUGACUCAACACGCCUCAUCCUCUACAACGAUGGUGACAGCCUCCAGUACAUAGACCAGGAUGGAAUGGAGUCUUACCCCACCAUGAGCUCCCACCCUGACUCCUUGAUGAAGAAGAUCACUCUCCUCCAGCAUUUCCGAAGUUACAUGAAUGAACACCUGCAGAAGGCAGGGGCCAACAUCACACCCCGGGAAGGUGACGAGCUGGCCCGGCUGCCCUACCUGAAAAAAUGGCUCCGCACAAGCCACAGCAUCCUUCUGUACCUCAGCAACGGCACUAUACAGAUUAAUUUCUUCCAGGAUCACACCAAACUUAUCCUGUGCCCGCUGAUGGCAGCGGUGACCUACAUCAACAAGAACCAGGACUUCCACACAUACUGCCUGAGCCUUCUGGAAGAAUAUGGCUGCUGUGAGGAACUGGGUAGACAGCUGUGCUAUGCCCACACCAUGGUAGACAGGCUGCUGAGCUCAAAGUCUACCAGCAACAGACUCGAGGACAAUUCCUAGGCCUCUGUCCUUGGGGCUAGUGCCCCUUCACUCUGCAAGCUCUGCCUGGGGCUGCAUUGCUGGCUUCUGGGACUGCUGUUCAGUGCCCGUGUCCAUGGGGCUGGGUGGGGAAGGGGUUGCUGUAUAAGUUAUGUUUGUAUAUGUUUGGUUCUGAGUUUAUAACCUCUUCCCCUGCCCUCAGCCUACUGUAUGCCUUGUAUAGAUAUAUUUCUAUUGAA